UCAUCAUUUAGAAUUGCAGAUGCACAUCAAUCUUUACCCUUCCAACUUUUUUUGAAUUACUUAAAAAAAAAAAUUUCGCACCAAGCCUUUUUCUUCAUACAAUUUUCUUAGUAGAAAAAUUUAAUUUGUACCUUUAGACAAGCUCAGAAGAAGAACAAAGAUCAAACUUAGUUGAAUAAGGGAUGGCAACUUGAAAAAAUGCAGUUUCCUAAGAAACGACGUGCCGUUUCUUUAAGAAAUGCUCAAUGCUUAAAGAGUGAACGACGAGCCGUUAUCGCUCCUUUGUGUUUGGGGUCAUCGUAGCGCGGUUUGAUCAACGUCUCUUUUCAUUCCCUAACUUUCCCUCGCCCCAAACGCUUUCAAAAUUGUCCAACCAAAGCCACUACAUCUUUUUCUUUUUUCCGGUGAACCCAAAAUGCCCCGAAGGCGUCUCAGGCUGAGUACUUCUUCCGACGAUGAAGAAAACGACGACGUAGAGCCGCAGAAUCAUCAUCAACCCCAACAAGAAGAUGAACAACCACCUACAAUCACUCAACAUCACCCUCUAAACCCUAACCCUAAUAAUCGCUCUGAGCCGCUUGAAAUAUCCGACGAUGAAGAAUUCAUUGACGUCUCCGACAACCUCUCAGAACCCUCACCUCCGGAACGGAUUUCAAACCAACAGCCGCAGCCUCAGGUUGCUCCGCCGAGCUCCGGUGGUGGCUGUCCGAUAACUGGGUUUCUUCAGGGGCUUGGAUUGACACUGAAGAGAGAGUGGUUCGAUGCUUGUGUUCUUGAACUUGAGCGGUCAAUGCCGGGCUUCGCUAACCUCGAUGUUGGGGCUAAGGCAAAGCUCGUUUUCGAGCGGUUCUUGGUUUCGGAUAUGAAUUACUCUGGGGGUGGUGGGCUUCCUGAAAAUGUUCAUUCCCUUCACUUGGUUGAUCUUUCAGGACCGUAUGUUUUGCAGGUUGAUGAGAUUGUUAACAUCAGUAGUGCUCUCAAAAGCAGGUAUCAGAAAGCACCUCCUGGGAUCAAGAGAUGCCUCAAGCUGUCCAUGACGGAUGGUGUUCAACGUGUGUUUGCAAUGGAAUACAGACCGAUCAAGGAUCUUGAUGUUUUGGCUCCUGCUGGAUUGAAGGUUGCUAUCUGUAAUGUGCAUGUACGACGUGGACUUCUUAUGCUUGUCCCUGAAAGUUUUGAAGUUCUAGGAGGAUUAGUUGAGGAAUUAGAUGCGGCACGACAAAGGCUUGUCGAUGAAGUAAAUAAGCCACCAAGGGGAAAAAGAACCAGGACAGGAGUGGUUCCUCCUUUAAUUACUAGAGCAACACUUGCUGCAUGGCCAUCUACCGAUGCUCAUAAUGCACAUACCAAUAAUUCCACAUCUCAAGACACAACACUUUAUCAAGUGCAUGACCAAGGUGCUACUUUUGUUGCAUCUGGUGGUAAUACUGAGCGCCAAAGGACUCUGGAAGAGUUUUCUGUACCUGUUAGUGAGCACUAUGCCAUUCCUAACCCAUCAAGGAGCACUGUUUGGGAUGAUGAGGAGACUCAUAUUGAUACUGUUCCUAGUCACAGAUCAAAUGGUAUGCCUAACCCAUUGCGGAACAUCGUUGCGGAUGCUGAGGAGGUUCAUAUGGAUACUGUUCCAAGUCACAGAUCAAAUGAUAUGUCUAACUCAUCACUGAACAUUGUGUCGGAUGCCAACGAGAUUCAUAUGGAUACUGUUUCGAGUCACAGAUCAAAUGAUAUCCCUAACCCAUUGCGGAAUAUCAUUUCAGAUGCUGAGGAAAUCGAUAUGGAUACUGUUCCUAGUCACAGAUCAAAUGGUAUGCCUUACCCAUCUCGGAACAUCAUUUCAGGUCCUGAGGACAUCCAUAUGGACACUGUUCCCACUAGCAGCAGAUCCAGUGGUAUGCCUAACCCGUCCACUGAUGUUGCUUCAGUUGGGGAGGAAGUUGAGAUGGAUGCAGUUCCUUAUAGCAGGCCAAGCGAUGUGUCUGAACCAUGUUUAAAUGAUUUUCCAAAUGAUGAGGAUGUCAGUACGAUUGAACAUCCACUCAUACUAUCUGGAGACCAAGAAAUGCCUUUCACUUACUUAGCUAGUUUGUCAGCCAAGUGGGCUGCAAUGAGAGAGAGUGCUCAUUUUGUUCGGGGGAAAAUUAAGUGUUUUUUGACUGGCGUGAAGGGAUUUCAAUAUAAGAGAAGGAAAACAUAUGAGCUUCGGGUGUAUGUUGAUGAUGGUAGUCUCAUUUCUGAGAUCAUCGUCGAUCAUAAGGUUGUACAAAAAGGGAUAGGUCAUUCUCCAGAGGAUGUCACUGCUGCUCUUUCUUCUUCAGACACAUCAGUGGUUCGUGCUAUGAAGGAGACCCUAAAGCAGUUCCAAUUUUUCUUAGUGAAUUUUGAGGGCAUCAUACUUAUAGAGAUAAAUGAAACCUCUCCUGUUCCAGUUGCCCUUGAGAUGAAUCAAGGUUGUCCCGAAUCAGAUGCGUGGCUGCUUUUGAGAAGACUGAAGGCCUCUGCUCCAGCUCAAACACUACGUUCUACACCUCUGAACCCCCUUGAUAUAUCCCCUUGAAUGGCUAAACUUGUGUCUUUGUAUCUUGGACAAUAUUGGAAGGGCCAUUAAGUAUGCAAACGCUGGGUAUUAAUCUGCUGGCAUCUUGCACGCAAAGGACUAUUUUAAUUCAUGGAUCAAAACCUAUGAGUCGGCAGACAAAGUGGAACCAGAUGAAAAUUGUAUACGAGGGCCGAGGCACAUUUCAUGGCAAUACCCACUUGCCUGAGCUCAGAUUUGGAGGAAAUCUACAGCUGUAUAAGCUCUGGUAGGAGAAAGUGAUGGUUGAUGGUGCACUAUCCUGUAAAUCCUUCUAGGGCUCCACUUCCUGAAUUUGUCUUGUCACUGGGGAAGGUCAUGCUUCAACAAACGACCUCCAAUUCAGUAAUAUUAUAUGAUUUGAGGUGAAUAGUCCAAAGCAGACAGUUUGAGAAGUAGCUCCAGGACAAUAAACGGGAAUAGUUAGCCAAGAGUAUCUCUCUCUCAUCUUCUGAACUGAGGGGCACUCUAAAAUGGUAUUUAUUUUUCAUUCAAACUUAUUGAUAAAUUCGGAGUAAAUUAAGCCUUUAGAAUUUAUGCAUCUAUAUAUUUUUCUAAGUUCCUUGUAAUAUCAUCGUACACAAAAAUGACUGAAGAUUCAGCAAACUACUGUAUAGUUGCAUUAAAUAAGAUCUCAGAGCAUACAAGAGUUGCAGGUUCAUCUGCAACAGAGAACCAUA